AUGAUGCCGAACAUGGGAGGGCCAAAGCAACGAAAGAGGAGACUGCUGGGUACAGUUGCACAAUGCUUGCAGGCCAGAGAGAGACUGGAGCACUACGAAGGCGGUAGGGACGAUGAAAGCAUAAAGGCUGUUAAGAUGGCAAGAAAAGUGGCGGGACGGCACAAAGGGCGAAUGGACCAGAAUAUCACGCAGUGGAUGGGAAGGAAGCACGGAGAGGUCACUUUCCACCUGACGCAGGCUCUCUCGGGACAUGGCUGCUUCGGAAAGUACUUCCACCGGAUAGCAAGAAAAGAAAAUCAAAAGUACUGCCUGGAUGAGGACGACCCCAAACAUACCGUCUUAAGAUGUCACCGCUGGGCGACGAAGAAGCAAGAUGCUGAGGCAAAACUGUGCGAGAUCCUCGAACCAAAGAACUUGGAGAGAUGGAACGUGGUGGCCGGCUUCAUCACGUCCAUUCUCAAGCAGAAGGAAACCGACGAAAGACGGAUACAGCGAGAGGAAAACUAA